AUGUUAAUUUUAAAUGGAAUUCAUAUUAAUGGAUUAAUUGAAAAUAAAUUAAAUGGAGAAAAUAUAAUUGAUAAUUUAUAUGAUAUUGGAGCUUCACCAUUAGAAUCAUACCCUGAUGAGAAUUAUUUUUUGAAUAAAGAUAUGAAUACAUUUGAUAGAAAUUUACGUUCCACUAUGAAUAGUUUAGAGGAAAAACUUGAUGCAAGGUCAAAAUUUUUUAAAGUUCAACUUAAAGAAUCUAUUCCAAGAAAUGACAAUAUUAAACUUUUUUCACAAAAUUUAAUUAAUAAUGAUGCUUCAUCAAAUAUGAAGAAACAUUUGUAUAAUCAGACGUCUAUGAAAAUUGAAUGUUUAAUUUCAGUUAAAAAUUGUAUGCCUACAAUAAUAAAAGAAGAUAAAAAUAAGUUUAGUAUACAUAAACUGUUGGUUGAUAGAAAACCCCCAAAAACUGAUAAUUUUUUGUACCACUCUUAUUUCUCAACAUUGAAAAUGAAAAGAAAUUUAUAA